AUGGCUACAGUCGUGGUCCAGCAACAACCCUCCCUACGACAAUCUACUACUCCCCCUCCUACCAUUACAUUCAACCAGCCUCGCUCCUCAACACCCGUCCCCAACAAACACCUGCCAUAUUGUCCUCCAGGACCGGUGCCAUCGCAAUCGCAGAUCACCCCACCUAAUUCACCACCGCUUAAGAAUGUUGCCCCAAAGCCUACUUCGCUCCUUUAUCCUCCGCACAAUUAUACGAGACUAUGUAAUUCUCCGCCCAUCUAUGGCAUCAGCCCAAAGGACCUCGCCGAUGCGCUUCAGCACUAUGCCUCUCAGCCACUUCCCAACCCCAGUGCCGUCUUCCCUUGGCUCCACGGACUUCAUCCCGAGAAUAGCAUACAAAUGGCAUUCUUUGUGGCAAGGAAGAAGUCGCUCAGGCGCAUACCAAAGUGUCUUCGCGGCAUCACGAUCAUAAAAGCUGGAGGAGAUCUAAGCCGGGCUCGCAUCAAGGGUGCUGUUGCUCCUGACGAGAUCCUGAAUUUGUCCGACAGUAAUGGCAAGGGUUUUGUGGAUUGCGACCCAAGAGAAGGCUUUUCCGUACGCAACUUUCACAUCCAAGCGGCCAAAAUGGCUCUCGUUUCGGAUAUAGUCGUGUAUGGAGACGAAGACACCGAUGCUCGCAUCGUCAAGUCGGUCGCUGAAAGGACGGCUGCCGUUCAGAAGAAAUGGCGAAAGGAGCUGGAGAGUGCGGGACAUUGUCCCGAGGUCUUCAACACCUUUGUCCUCACCCAGCGUUUUGAGGACUUUGAACAUGAGUAUCCUGAGCUGGUAGCCGUCGACUCUAGGGGCCAAUACCCGGACCACUGUUUGGACUUUCUCCAACAAGAGCGACGCGAAAUGUGUGCCAUGUCCAAAGCGUCGGAGAUCUCUCAGGGCGUAUUUCAAGGGCCAUCUCCAGGACCAUACACACUUCCACCGUCAACUAUGGAUGAUCCUUCUUUUGACCUCUACAUUGAGGCUAGUGACCAUGCGGCUCUCCCCGAUGACCGUUUACUUGCGAGCAAAUUGAAGCAGCUCCAGAGUCGACGAGAAGGCGACAGGCCUGUUCACAUGGCCUUUCCCAGCUCCGGAAGCAUAUUGCCCCCAUCGUGGUCACAAGGCGAGGUUGAUGGCAUCUUGCGUAUGUGCAGGUGGUUAUAUGAGCUCACGCAUGUUAUGAAGCCUGUGAGCAACACCCACGAUGAUGACGGUGACAUCCAGAUGACGGAGUUUUCUGCCCAACCCAGACGUAUACUCAUACACUGCGCUGAUGGGUACACGGAGACAUCGAUGCUUACUGUCGCCUACUUCAUGUUUGCUGAAGGUCUACCGGUGCACGAUGCUUGGAUACGCCUGCAUACCGAGAAAAAAAGGAAUUUCUUUGCGUAUCCUUCCGAUGUAGCUCUUUUGGUGGCCAUGCAGGAUCGGGUUCUCCAGGAGAGUCCCAAGUUUGCGGGCAAGAGAGAGAUUCCAGCGAUCGAAGCACCUGCGUGGAUGAACAAGUUAGACGGCAGUCUCCCUAGUCGGAUUCUGCCUUACAUGUACCUGGGAAAUCUAACACACGCGAACAACCCGGAGAUGCUACGUCUGUUAGGCAUUCGCCGCAUCCUCAGUGUCGGCGAGCCUGUGUCUUGGUCUGACGAGCAGGUCAAGUCUUGGGGUCGUGGGAAUUUGCUCAUGGUGGAUCGCGUUCAGGAUAACGGGAUUGAUGAGCUCUCUCCCGAGAUGGAUCGAUGUCUAAAGUUCAUCGAGAAAGGCAAAUCUGAUGGAACUGCUACACUGGUGCAUUGUCGUGUGGGAGUCAGUCGGUCAGCAACUAUUUGUAUUGCUGAAGUCAUGGCAAGUCAAGGCUUGAGUUUCCCAAGAGCAUAUUGUUUUGUGCGUGCGCGGCGGCUCAACGUUAUCAUACAACCUCAUCUCAGGUUCGUGUAUGAAUUGAUGAAAUGGGAUGAACAGCAGCAGGCGAAGAGAGGAAAGGUCAUCAAUAGAGAACUCGACUGGGCCGUCGUUGCAAGAGAGAUUGCAGCAAUGAAUCGGCCUUAUUCGCGAAACUGA